AUGCAGCCCAAAGCCCAUCAUUACGAGGCGACACCGGCUCGCGACGUAGACACAGAUGAGAUUGAAUUGAAUCCCACCAGCGAAUCAUCUCGUAAACGCAGCAUGCGCAACAAGCCUUAUUCCGAAUGGCCCCUUUCAAUCUCUAUAAACACAUCCAUCGCCAUUAUGUCCACUGCCUGUACGGCAGCUAUGAUGCACAAUGUGAGCGCUUUCAUAGGACAGUUUAAAUGGCUUCAUUUCAAGCGAUCUUCGCAGAGCGUGUACGAUGUUGAGAGAUUUGAUGAGGCCAGUCGAGGUCCACUUGGAGCUAUCCUCCUUAUCUUCAGAGUUCCAUGGAAUCUUGCAACAUUGGGAGCCUUCAUAACGAUUCUCCGUCUGGGCUUCUCUCCACUCUCUCAGGCUGUGGUUAGCCUAGAACCCAAGAUGGUAGACGUCCCAAGUAACGACUCGACUUUUGGAUAUGCACACGCUUAUGAUAGAAACAUGACAACGGGUGCUCAGUCCGAGAUACCACCGGAUACACAAAUGCAAUCAGCUAUUCUCCAAGGCCUUUACGAUAUAAGUUCCAUUCCUGUGUUUAACUGCGGUGGCGCCUGUCUCUGGAGGAACCCGUAUGUAUCCUUGGGCUUUAAGAGUACGUGCAAGAACGUAACCAUGUCGACGUUGGAAACAAAGCAUUGUAUCAAGCCAGAAGGGAGACCAGGGAUGGUGUUUGAUCGCAACUGUAAUUUCACAACGCCGGGAAACAUCACACUUACAACUCAGCAUGUGCGAACCGACUCCCAAACAACUUUCCGAAUCAACGUUACACGUACUCAUCUGGCUCAUCCCGAUAAUAUCACCACCACGCUUGAUGACAUUGUGAGAAUCGCUGUUUGGAGAUCAGGCUAUGAUACCAGUUUCAACGCUACUGACAUCAAUAUCACGGAAUGUGCCGUCGGAUUUACUGCGUAUGAGUACCCUAGGGCCGAAGCGAACGGUAGCACCUUUUCUUUCGGAAAGGUUGCUGAAAUGGAUAUUAGACAUGCCAAUUGGUCCUGGGAGAAUCCGAUGGCUCGAACUCAUCUCACUAGCAACAAGACUUCUAGCCUACCUCCGUUUAAGAUAUCCAUCGUCGACAUCGAGGCACUGCAAGCCUUUUUCGAGUCCACCACUUUCCAAUCCGAAUUUGUAAGCGGGAGCGCAAAGAAUAACAACCCCGGACUUAGUGCCGCCUUGGAUGGAAAUACUAACCUCACACGUGCUUUCGAUAACAUGGCACGGGGCAUGACAGACUAUCUCCGUUCAGGGCCAAACGAGAAGCUAGCCAAAGGAGUUUUAAGAGAAAACCAGAUUUUUGUGUUCGUCCGGUGGUAUUGGUUGGUUGGCCCUGCGGUUUUAGAGCUAUCUGCGUUGAUAUUUGCAGUCUUUACGAUAGUAGGCACUGCGAGGAAGCAUGAGGUGCCGCUGUGGAAAUCUUCGGCUCUUGUAUUAUUAAGCUGUCGGCAUGACGUGGACUCAGGUGUAAUUCAUGGAAGAUUCGGAGAUAUCAAAGAGAUGGAGAAGAUGGCAAAAGUAUCGAAGGCACGGCUAGAGUAG